AUGGUUAAUACUUAUUUAAAUUUGAUUUAUGAAGAAGUUAAAAGUAAAGAGAAUGAAAGUAAUGAAUUCAAUAAUAAUAUUUCUACUGCUGGCACUUGUAAACAAUGGCAAUAUUUAAAAGAUACUAAUCAGGUGGAAUAUUUGCCUUCUGUUACUACUGAUGAUUUACUUUGUAAAGUUCAAGCUACAAUUUAUCUUUCAUUAGAUGAAUUAUAG